CAAAAAAGUAAAAGAAGUAUAAAAAUGAAAAAAAAUGACUGAGGUCUCUUGAGAGUCCAGUAUUUAUGCAAGUAGGUCAUUUUCGAGUCAUACUGCGCACGUCUCUUCCACUGCACACAGCUCUACAGUUUCUCAUAUUUUUACAAUAGUAUAGGCCUAGCAUUACUACUGGAACCAAAAAACUUUUUAAUUGGAGACAAACUAAAAGACUAUCUCGCUACAAUUUGGAAAGAAUACCUUUAGAGAAGUUUAAGUCCAACAGUCUUUAACUUUAUUCAAGUAUUAAAGUUUACAAUGAGUAGGUUAAUUAUCUUCUCCUUACUAAUCGUCGCAUGUUCUGCUGCAUUCAAUCAAGAGUAUUUCCUUCGUCAUAUUUUUGAAAAGUACGGCAAUGGAACCAAUAUGCCUUUCGAAGGUUUCGAACACUUAUUACAAGCAUUGGGUUUGGGUAACGUUACUCUUGAGCAUGAUUUAGUUGAUCAUAAAAAAGCUGGAGGCUUUCACGAAUUUCAUCCUUCUCACGAGCAUUCCUAUAGUGGUAAUCCAACACUUAAAGACAAGAAUGGGCACGAUCAUGAGCAUGAUCACGAUCACCAUCUUGAUAAUGAACAUGACAACAUAGCGACGAACGAACUUGAAGGUAAUAAGAGAAAGACGAGUUCAAGCCAUUCUCAUGUUCAUGGUAAAAAGAAACUUGAAAAUUCUAAAACUGAUAGUCAAAACAAUAAGAGCAAAGAAGGAACAAGUCCACAAGAAGAAAAUGAUAUAAAAGAUGAAGAAAUACUGUCCAACAGGCAAAAAAGGACAAUACAAUCGAACAAAUGCCUUCGACCAGAUGAGUUAUUACUUUUGGUGAAAAAUAGGAAAAAGACGAUAAACAAAAGCGAAUUUUUAAAAGUUUGCCCAGUUCUUGUUGCUCAAAUUGACGAUCAUGCCUGUAUUGAACAGCAACGACGUUAUCAGGAAGCUCAAAAUGUAGUUAUCAUUAGCAAGAAGGCAUUCGACUUUUCAAGAAUACCUUUAAAAGUAUGGGGUUGUGCUCUUCUUAGCGUAUUUGUUAUCAGUAUGGUGGGUUUGUUAGGGGUUGCAGCUGUGCCUCUCAUGAAAAGUAGAAUCUAUGAUCAUCUAUUAUCUUUUCUAGUCGCUUUGGCAAUUGGUUCUUUAACGGGUGAUGCUCUGUUGCACUUGAUACCUCAUGCACUUUCAGGAGGUCACGCAGAGGGUGACGAUCAUUCCCAUGCCGACAAGUCGGGAGUUUUCAAGGGACUUGUAGCCUUAGCCGGUUUAUACACGUUUUUCAUUGCUGAACGUCUUUUGUCCAUACUGAAUAGAUAUCAAAGGAAAAGGCGGUCAAGAAAGGCAAAAAUGUUGACUAUCGACUCACCACGUGUCGCUAGGAGAUUGUGCACACAUCACUCAAGAUAUUCUUAUAUUUUGACUGAUGAAGAACUGUCAAAGAAAUUAAGAGAUGAAAGUACAGAUGUCGACGUAGAAUGCGACCAUGAUGUUAAUGAAAUGGAUGAUCUUAGCCCUGGAGCAUCAGCUGCCACUCCAUAUAGUUAUGAAAAAGAUACUUCAAGCAAAGGUCAUGGUCAUAGUCAUGAUGUCCCUGAUAGUAUGGGAGCCGUUGCCUGGAUGGUAAUAUUCGGAGAUGGCUUACAUAACUUUUCGGAUGGGCUUGCCAUAGGAGCAGCCUUUGCUGCUGGUAUAGGGGGUGGAGUUAGUACAGCAGUAGCUGUACUUUGUCAUGAAUUACCUCAUGAACUUGGUGAUUUUGCUGUUUUAUUAAAAGCCGGUAUGACUGUAAAGAGAGCAUUGUUAUAUAAUAUCUUGUCUUCCAUUUUGUGCCUAAUGGGAAUGGUUAUAGGAGUCGGUCUGGGAAAUGUCGAUACCGCAUCUUCAUGGAUUUUUAGUUUAGCGGCCGGCAUGUUUAUAUAUAUUGCCUUAGCAGAUAUGAUGCCUCACUUAAAUAGUGGUAAAACCAGUCAUCCAACUAUGUUUGCUUUGAUACUUCAUAUUGGGGGGAUCACAACAGGUGCUGGAAUUAUGCUUUUGAUAGCUCUCUUCGAGGAUAAAAUACAAUUAAGUUUAGGUGAUUAGAAAGCAAUAAGAGUAUACAUUUUACAUUACUUAAAUAUAUGUUUUAAAAAGAAAUAUUUUGUCUGUUUUAUUAGUAUUUUGUCUGUUUUUGCCAUGGUCUAAGAAUUUUAAAAUAACUGAUUUAUGGUGUUGAAUUUUUAAUUGUUUUUUUUUUUUCAUUUAUUAUAAAUUUUAAUUAUUGUUUAACUAUAAUCUUAGUAGUAGCCUGUAUUCGUUUUCAUUUUCAAAUUUUCUUGAUUUUUAUCGUAUUUUUAUAUAAAUUUUAUAUAUACUUACAUUGUUUACAUAAAUGCAUUUAUCUAAAUAUUAAUAAUUAAUAUACUAAUAUCUAGUCAUUAAGUAGAUAGCAAUUUCAUAUUAAAGUGCGAAAGAAAUUG